ACUGUAGCUAUCUCCAUCGAUGGACACUGUGACAAUGCCAAACAUGCCUGAAGGAUGGAGUGACACAAAAGAUGCCACCGAGGAAAUUCAGAACCUUUGUAAAAUGGUGAAAAGCCACGCGGAGGAUCUCACAGACAAGAAAUAUGGGGUAUUCAAAGCUGUUAAAUACAGGGAACAGAUUGUAGUUGGAGUCAACUACAUCCUGAAGGUUCACAUUGGACGAAGGAAAUAUAUUCAUCUGUUUGUCUUACAGAAACUUGAGUGUUAUGGAGGAAAAGUGAUGCUGUUGGGUGUGGAGGAGUACAGAAAAAACAACCACCCCCUGGAACCAUUUUAACGACAACAUAGCUAUACGCUGCAGUUUUAUAUUAAAUGCUCUGCUACGUUAUACUGAAGUGAUUUCACACGAUACUGCUGUACAAAUUAUAACCUUUUGAUUUUGAAUGUAUUACCUAAAGAGAUCAAGAUAUUUGGUGAUCGGAAGA